AGCUAAAUUUAGAUUAAAUAUUUUUGGAGUCUGGAUUAUUGAGGCUAAAAUAAUACACAUGUUUGUUCAAUAACAGAAUUAAAAGUGGAAGAAAAUAUUAAGUAGUCUAAUGAUAUUUAACCUGGUUGUAUGGGGAAGAAAAAAAAAAUUAGAUGAUAGCACAGGGCAUGAUUAUUCAUUGUUUUCAUGUAACCUGAGUCCCAUUCUCCCAGUUUUCUUAGUAAUUUAAUAUCAAUAUGGGAAUGAGCAGCCAAGCAAAGAAAGUAGAUAUACCUUAAACUGGGAAGACCUCAAAUCAAGUCACAGAAGAGAACAAGUUUGAGAUGUAGAACUUUUUCCAGGUGAAAUUAUCGCCAUGUCUUUGUACAUACUCUUCCAAGUAUAACAGCACUCACGUGAUGUUGAAGGAUGUUCAACAUUAAUACUACAAAUACUGGUCAAUACUAUUUCAUUUACAAUCUUAAACUUAAUUAAUCAUAAAGUGUUGUCAAAUGAGAUAUCAUAGUGUUAAAUGAUAUUAAUAUAGUGAUUUAUCUUGAAAACAUCAUUGUGAAAAAUUAUUUUAUAAAUGCCUUCAACAAAGUAACCAAAACAAUUUUCAAAGUUUCAAGAGCGAGUCGUUCGGAGCCGGGCCCCUCGUCACCAAACCAACUUCUUCUGUAAGAUCAAGCUGGCCAGGGCUGGCUCCUUUCAAUUCUACUUUGUCUAUGAUAACAUGAUGGUGGCAUUAUUGGUAACCUGGUCUUUCCGGUUUCACCAGGACAGAUGAGGCAGCAUAGGUUCAGCCAUGAGGAAUGCGAUUUGUUAACAGUUGCCCUAACAUCUCCAAAGGAGACCUAACUGCUUAAGGGCAGCUGCUUUGCAAAUGUAUCUACUGAGGGAUCAGAAUCGCAUCCUGCUGAAGACCCUGUGAGAAGCUCAGCAGGCUGAUGUAUGGGUCAACUUAAGCUAUGAGAUUAAACACAUCACUGCUGAAAAUCAUUGAUAUAUUAAGUAUAAGAAGAUGAGUGAAUGAAAAAACAACCAACAUUAGAAUGAAACGUAUGGAAAUAAAGAAGUGGCAAUGGGCCGGUCACAUCUGUCGAGCCAGCGACGCCAGGUGGGGGAGGAAAGUCCUCGAAUGGAGGCCACGGAUGUGUAUAAGGAGCGUGGGGCGUCCUCCAACCAGGUGGACUGACGACUUAGUGCGCACGGCGGGAAGUCGUUGGAUGCGGAAGGCGGAGGACCGCAUUAUGUGGAAGGCAUUGGGGAAGGCCUAUGUCCAGCAGUGGGCAGAUAAAGGCUGAUGAUGAUGAUGAUGAUGAUGAUGAUGGAAAUAGACUUGAGCUAUAGUUUUUUUUAACAGAAAGCAUAUAUACAUUUUUAGGUUACGUAUGAUAUCGCGUGUUCGUGGUCGUCACUGAUAUGUAUAAUAAUUAUAAAAUUAUCCAAAAGUCAUAACCCCGUUCAUGUAAUACUAAUCUUAUCUUAGUAAACAAAUGAUGUAUCUCGAAUAAAAGUAUUUAAUUUAUAAUAAAAAACCAAGCUGCUAUUUAGUUUUAUAGAACUGCGCUACGAGCGACGUUUUUCUGGAAGUUAAGAGAAAACUCGAAAAUGAAAGUGGUCAUAACAGGAGCUGCUGGCUUUUUGGGUUCGCGUUUAGCUGAUGCUUUGCUAAAACCAAAUUCCGAACUGUGUGUGACUGAAUUGGUGUUAGUGGAUACGAUCUUACCACCCUCCCGAAAAGAUCCACGAGUAAUAACACUCGCCCUCGAUAUCACAACACCCGAGGCUGCGCGUAAACUCGUUGAUACUGAUACCGAUGUACUGUUUCAUUUGGCUGCAGUCGUAAGUGGACAUGCUGAAGAAGACUUCGAUCUUGGAAUGAAAGUGAAUUUCAACGCAACGAGAUCAUUGCUGGAGGCAGCGAGACAUCGAGCUACGAAGCUUCGUUUUGUUUUUACCAGUACUGUUGGGGUGUUCGGAGGUGACCUGCCCCCUAUUAUAACUGAUCAAACUGCCGCAACACCUCAGAACUCUUACGGCAUUGCUAAGGCUAUGAGCGAGCUUCUUAUCAAUGAUUACUCUAGACGAGGUUUCGUUGAUGGGAGAGUUGUUCGUCUUCCAACAGUUAGUAUUCGCGCCGGAACUGCCAACAGAGCCGUGACAUCUUUUGCAAGCGGAAUUAUCAGGGAGCCAUUGAAUGGUGAAGUAGCUAUCUGCCCCGUUCCACCUGAUCAAGAGUUAUGGCUUUCAAGUCCUGGAUCUGUUGUGUAUAAUUUAAUACACGCUGCUACUUUACUUAGCUCCGAAUUAGAGAAAUGGAGAGUGAUAAAUCUACCUGGAAUCAGUGUCACAGUUCGUAAAAUGAUUUCCUCGUUGUGUGAAGUUUCUGGAAGCAAGGUUGCUAAGCUGGUACGCUAUGAACACGAUGAGACCAUAAGUGCAAUGGUCGGCAGUUUCCCAAGCAGGUUCGACAACUCACGAGCAUUGAGGCUUGGAUUUCGAGUGGAUUCUAAUUUUACGGAUGUGAUACGGUCCUAUAUAUUGGAAGAUCUAAAACAGGUUAGCUUCGGUUUUUGAGAUUUAAUUUAUAUUGAUAUCAUAACUGUAUCGAUUCUUGAAAAAAAUGUACAUCGAUCCUCUUUUAUUCCAAUAAAUUCUUGAAAAAAAUUUAACCCUA